UUAGUACGCAGCGAAAAUUGAAACAGUGCAUAACUUUUGUCUUGAAGUGAAAAGAAAAAAAUCAAAAUUAAGUGAAUAAUAUGAACAAAUGCAUAAAAUAAAAAAAUGUUGAAAAAAGCUAAUCUCUGCCAUCUUUUACUCUUGGCCUCAACCUUAAUACUGACACAGGCAUCCACGGUUAAUAGAAACGCUUUAUCCUUGUGUUAUGAUAAAGCUGAUGACACCCUUCUACAAAUCCCUGAUUCCUGUACCUCUUACAUUCACUGCUUGCAUGAAAAUCCCAUAACUGUUUAUUGCUCCAAUGGAUGGGGCUUUAGCAUGCAAGCGAAAGGUUGCGUCCAAUAUUCCCAAUCGGAUUGUGCCAAAAACCCCGCACAGGAUAAAUCGAUUCAACCUUUGAACAAUUGGGAGAUUUUUCAACCAUUUGAUGACAACUCCAACAUAGACUGGACAGUGUGUACUUCUCUUCCAAAUGGAGCUACACUUCCUGCGCCUGGUAAUUGCCAGUAUUAUAUCUAUUGUUUGGCCCAUGUACCUUUGCAGGUACCAUGUCUUUUUAAUAUGGGCUACAGUACAGCUGUGGAAGGUUGUGUAAAAUAUGAUGAAUCUGAUUGUGUGCUGACAGCCACUAGCACCACAGCAGUAGAUAUGACCACAACUACAACGACUACUACAACAACAAAGCGUAUGACCACACCUAUACCAUUUGCCGAAACAACUCUGGCCACAUGUGACAAUGAAAAACGUCCUCAGAAUCAGCAGGCCUGCGCUGGACAAGCCUUUGGCGCACUAGUGCCCUAUCCAGGAGAUUGUUCCAAAUUUUUAGUUUGUAAUUGUGAAUAUCCCACUGUUAAGCAAUGUGCGGGUGGUACCUGGUUUGACGAUACCAUCAAAACUUGCAAUUAUCCACAGGCUGUGGAUUGUCCGUGGAGUGGUGGAAGUACAACUAGCGAGAAACCAACCACCAACACCACCACCACAGAUAGACCCAUUACCACACCAACGGUUACCACAACGGAUAUACCAACAACAACGCAAACUCCCAUUACCACCCUCAUUCCCAGUUCAACAACAACCGAUUCGGGUAAUGAAUGGGGCCAGAACUGUGAACCGCCAGAAGGUAUGAAGGCGGAUAUUUGUUUAAAUUAUAACAAUGGUUUUCUCCUUCGGUAUCCCUAUAAUUGUAAUGCUUACAUAAACUGUACCAAUGGAUGUCCCGUUAUGAAUUAUUGCAUGCCGGACAAGGUGUUUAAUGCCAUGCUAAAGAUAUGCGAUACACCAGAAACGGCCCAUUGCGAAGAGUUGCCAAUACCGACGACGACUGAACCACCACCGACUAGCACAACGGAGGAACCAACCACUACGACGGAAGAACCUACCACCACAACGGAGGAACCAACCACAACGACGGAAGAACCUACCACCACAACCGAGGAACCUACCACCACGACCGAAGAACCCACAACUACGACCGAAGAACCAACAACUACGACCGAAAAACCCACCACUACCACGGAAGAACCUACCACCACAACGGAGGAACCAACCACAACGACGGAAGAACCCACCACAACAACCGAAGAACCCACCACAACAACCGAAGAACCCACCACAACAACCGAGAAACCCACCACAACAACCGAAGAACCCAACACAACAACCGAAGAACCCACCACAACAACCAAAGAACUCACCACAACAACAGAAGAACCCACCACCACUCCCAAAAUCUGCACCUAUCCUGCUGGCAUUGAAAACAACUUUUGCGAGAAUGUCCCAGAUGGCUCACUGCUCCCCUACCCCUAUAAUUGCACCCUCUUUAUAGAAUGUCUUGGCGAAUGCCCCUAUUUGGAUAGCUGUGGCCCCAACAAGGCUUUCAAUGUACACCUGGGCAUAUGUGAUGAAGCCAACGAUAUAGAUUGCAAAGAGAUUCCCUUCCCCACCCCAGGUACUCCUACGCCCUCAACCACAACUCCGGUUAGCACUGAGACUGAACCUCAACCCACCAGUACCAGCACUGAUCAUCCAUUUACCACCACGCUUCCACCUGAGGUGAAUCCCAAUAUGUGCGCUGGUCAAAGCGAUUAUACCGUCUAUCCCUAUGAAGGAAAUUGUGGUGAAUAUUUGGUGUGCAUGAACGAAAAGGUUGAGCUGAGGCAAUGUCCCAAUGGUUGGCUUUUUAAUCCCGAACUUAUGAUGUGUGAUGAGGCAGGCGAAGAGGUUUGCUACACAGGACCCGGCACCACCACUACAGUUGUACCUUCAACUCCAGGCAUCUAUGAGUCCUGCAUGGGCCAGCCUAAAGGCACCACCUUCCCUGAUCCUCAGGAAUGUACUUCCUACUACUAUUGUCUGGACGAUGGUCACUUCUAUAUACUGCGUUGUCCCGCUAACAAUUUUUAUGACCCCUACACAGGCAAUUGUGGUCCAGAGGUAUCACCAACAGCCUGCCAACAGCCCAUUACAACUGCCAGCACCACCCCGGCCACUACUUUAAGCCCUGCCGAGAAAUGUGUAAAUGAAGAGCUGGGCACUACUUUCCCCUACGAAAAGAAUUGCCAGCAAUAUAUCAUGUGCACGGCCAAUGGAGGCUUUGUCAUACUCAAUUGCCCGGGCAAUAAUUACUAUUAUCCCGAUUCGGGCACUUGUGGCCCCAGUUCAGAUCCCUACAUAUGUCUGGGCGGAACAACUACUACAACGGUGGCCACAACCAGCACCACCCAGAUAUCCACCACCACAACCAAGCAAACCACAACCACUACGUCAAGUCCCACAAUGGCCCCACCGGAAAAUGGCAUUUGUGGCAACUAUACCAAUGGUGAGCUCAUAGAGUAUCCUGAUAAUUGUCUCAAGUACAUCAGCUGUGUACGUCCCAUACCCAUUGGCUUCUUUUGCCCCAACAAUUUGUAUUUCGAUGUUGAGCAACAGGCUUGUGUGGCACAACCUCCACAUGGUGGAUGUUCUGAAAUGCCCUCUAAUGGGACAACCUUGGCCCCACCCACUAACAUAUGCCAGGGUCAGGAGGCAGGUGUUAGCCAAACCUAUCCCGGCGAUUGCCAGAUGUACUAUGAGUGUCUGGGAGAUGGCAACUAUAUGUUGCAAGUCUGUAUCGAAGGAGAGUAUUUUGAUCCCUUGCAAGGAAGCUGCUCAUCAGAGGUAGGCGUGGACUAUUGCAAGCAUGAUUUUGAUACCACUACCCCUAGCACCACCACGACAUCUACAACUUCGAGACCCGUAGGCGGAAUUUGUUAUCAAAAACCCGAUGGUUAUAAGGUGCCCUAUCCCGAUGACUGCAUUAAGUAUAUAGUCUGUGCGACACCCAUUCCCACGGCCUAUUAUUGUCCCAGUGGACUACAAUUCAGUACCAGCGCCCAGGAAUGUGUGGAGCCCAUAGAUUCGGAUUGUGGUGUAAUAUCGACCACCACCGAGCAAACUUCACCUUCGCCCACUAUGCCCUGGAAUGAGUGCACGGGGCUGCCAGACUUCACCCUACUGCCCUACGAGGAAAAUUGUGCCAUGUUCAUUGUAUGCAUUAAGAAUUUGGUGCACUUUGCCUAUUGUGACACAGGAGAAUAUUUUGAUGUAGCCUUGGGAACUUGCAGCAAAACAGCCAAUUCCAACUCCUGUAUCUACGAUAACUCCACCACCACCACCACCGAGUUGCCCAUCACUACUACCACGAAGAGCACUACGAUCACUACUACCAUUGCCACCACCACCAGGGAUCCCAAUUUAGGACCUUGUGAUGGCAUGCCAGAUGGCACCAAGGUUCCCUAUCCGGAUAAUUGUAAUAAAUACAUAGUAUGUCAAAAUCCCAUAUCCGUGGGCUAUGAUUGUCCCGCUGGCACAGAGUUCAGUGCCGAGAAACUAGAAUGUGUAGCACCAGAAUUGGCCAAUUGCAGCAUAAAAACUACUACUGAAGCAACGACCACCACAACAACCGAGGCCACCACGCCCAAAGAAGAGGAUGUCUGUGACAAUCAACCAAAUGGCUCAACGCAAACCUAUCCAGAGGACUGCACCAAAUACUAUAUGUGUGUCAAUGGCAAAUCUAAAUUGGUUUCCUGCAUGCCCAAUUCAUAUUAUAAUCCCUUGAGCGGCCAAUGUGACAGCACCUCGGCCACCGAGUGUCAAGAGUCUUCGGCAGGAUUGUGUUAUGGCGAACCUGAUGGUUAUACCUACAUCUAUAGUCAUGAUUGCUCUAAAUAUUAUCUAUGCAUAGAUGGCUCCCCUUAUGUUACAAAAUGUCAACCCAAUACCUUCUACAAUCCCCAGCUGGGUGAAUGUAAUGCUGAGACUUCAAAUACCACAUGUCAGCAAGGUAGUGGAAGUACAACAGAAAGUUGGACUACUACAACGGAAGACAUUACUGCGCCAAGUACAGAAAGUACGACAACAGAAAACACCACCACAGAGCGCACAACAACUGAAGUCCCUACAACAACGGAAAGUUCGACUACUACAACGGAAGUCACUACUUCGACAAGUACAGAAAGUACGACUGUAAUUACGGAACCCCCAACUUCAACGACUUCAGAAACUUCCACCACAGAUAGCACAACGGCUGAAGCCCCUACACCGACGACCACUGAACCACCCAGCACAAUGACCACCACGGAGGAGACAUCCACUUCCGUUGAACCAACCACGACAGAACCCACUACUCCUCCAUCUGGCAACAUAUGUUGCGGCCAAGAGUCUGGAACUCGUUUACCUUAUCCUGGUGAUGAUACCAAAUAUGUCAUCUGUCUAUAUCCUGUACCGGAGGUAGCUGAGUGCCCUGCAGAUAGUCUAUAUAAUCCUACAACGCAACAAUGCGAAACCCAUGAUGGUCUUGUGCCUAUGCCCAGCUGUUCAACAUUGUCCUAUGGCCAGGCCAUGGCGUAUGUGGGCGAUUGUACCAAAUAUUAUAUUUGCUUUGGUACAGAAGCCCAAGUCGCCACAUGUGGCAAUGGAUGGUAUUUCAAUGCCUCAUUGGGUAGCUGUGUGCCAUCUCAGCUUUAUGAUUGUCCUUGUAAAAUGGUGACAAUCAAAGCUAAGAUUUUGCUUUUAUCCUUUUUCCUUUUGAUCAUUGGGAAUAAUGUAAAGGGUCAAAGUACCCCCUCAGCACCCUCAACCACUUUAACCCCAACCGAGUCAGUACACAGCAGUGGUGGGCAAAUACACACAUUUCUUACAUAUUCUUCUAUGCGUGCACAAGAACAUAAGCCCAUGGGCUUGGAAAUAGUGUGCACAUGUAUUUGCAGAGAGCAAAAUUUCGAACAACUCAUAAUUGCCUAUCCUGAAGAUCCCAACAAAUUCAUUAUCUGUGCCAACAACAAAGGGACCGAAUCUACCUGUGGAACUGAAUGUUUUGACACUGGUACUACCAAAUGCAUUGCUUGUCCCCCGGCAAGUGCUAAUAAUCCUUGCACUGGCAAAGAUGCCUUGGAUGUGGUAUCGGAUAAUUGUCAAAAUUAUAACAUUUGCAUGGGUGGCACCAAAGGAGAUAGUGUUACCAUAACCUGUCCCGCCCAUCAACACUAUUGCGAACGUGAGCAGAAAUGUACCGCAGCCAUAGAAGCCGAUUGUUUGCCUAUUAACAAAUGGUGUGAGAAAAAACCUAAUGGCCUUAAAUUUGAAGCCACAAAAUGCUAUGAAUACUAUGAAUGCUGGAAUAAUAAAAUCACCUUGCAAACAUGUCCCUACAAUCAACAUUUCCACAAGGAUAAACGCAUGUGUGUGGCGGGAUCUUGUGCCAAUGAAGAUGGCACCACCACAGAACGGUUGCCAAAAUGUACCAUCGACACUGAGGGUAAAAAAAUGCCCCAUUCCAAGUGUUAUAAAUAUUAUGUCUGCUUGAAUGGCAUUAUCUAUACCGGCCAAUGUGGCGCAGGCUAUUAUUUCAAUGAAGAGUCCAAAACUUGUGUUAAAGAUAUCUAUGAUAACAAACAACACGUAUUGACUUGUCAUUUCGAGUUACUUAGUGAAAUGUUUUUUUACAAAAAUUUGUGGUAUAUUUUAUUAUGGAUUUGCCUGGCCCAAUCCUUGGAGUUGACACCAGCUGAAAGUCCUGUGCUGCAUCCUCAAUGUUGGGAACAUCAAGACCUGGAGUAUCCGAAAUUUUUGCCUUAUCCCCAGGAUUGUUCCAAAUACUACAGCUGCUUGAAUGGAUUGGCCUAUGUGGAAAAAUGUCCGGAACCAUUUCUGUGGAAUCCUAUCAAUCAUAUUUGUGAUAAUCCGCAAAAUGUUCAAUGUCAGCCCCCUAUACAACCACAACCGGCUGCAACUGCUCCUCCCCCAGUGGAUAUGACUCCUAGAACCACAUAUGAAAUCUAUCCCAACGAUUGUAAUCGUUAUUAUCAAUGUGAGUCCAGGGCAUGUCCUCAGAACUAUCAUUGGAAUGCUCAACAGCAAAAAUGUGAUUUUCCCCAUUUGGCUCAAUGUCCUUUUAUGUUGAGGCCAACACCAGCAUUACGACCAACACCUUUGGUAUCAGCUACCGAACAUCCUUUAAUACCCGCUACUGCUCCCACCGCAGCACCUGCUAUUGCCAUAAUUCCCCACAAUCCUACCAUAAUUGGCAAUGCUAUUGAACCAUGCGAUGAAGAAUGUCAAUCGUGGUGUAUGGGCCAAGGACACAUUUACCUGCCAUAUCCUUCGGAUUGUCGUAAGUUUAUACAGUGUAAUGGUCUGGCCUUUGUACACAAAUGUCCCGAUCAGCUUUUAUGGAAUGAUAAGCUAAAGACUUGCGAUCGUUUCUGUCUGUCCGAAGAGUGUAUGGUCUUUCAGGCAGAGGUCUGUGCCAUUACAGUAGCCGCAAGUGAAAUUCUGGUGAGGGACUUACCGCCCACAAAACUCAGGAUUAAUGUGGACAGUAUGGCGGAGCUCAUGGCUUUAGCUUCUAGGUGUGUGGCGGAUUGUUUGGAGUCCCUGGAGAAAUCCAAGUCCACGAUCCACAUGAGACGUUUGUGCUUUGCAGGCUCUAGCAAUGUGCCCUGUGGCAGAUGGUAUUCCGAAAACGGCAUUGACUACGAGGAUGGUCUCCGCCCCAGCCGCUACAUCGAUGCUGUGGAAGCUCUUUCCGCCCCGAUUUAUAAGUUCCUACUGACCGCCUCUUCGCCGCACUGGUGGCGUAUCCCAAUUUAUGCGCCUCUUCCACUUUCGGUUCCAGCGGCGCUGUCUUCAUUACUGCCACGGAGCAGUCGGCAACAUCCAAUGACUGUGCUAGUUCGCUUGGACACUGCAACCGUAGAAACAGCACUCGCAUUCGUAGCCGAUACGUUCGAUAUCACCGUCUUCAAAGCAGUCCUUAAGAUAUCGGCCAGUGCCUCCAGGGAUGGUGUACCUUCCGGUCAACAAUUUGCCAGACAACAGCAGCAUCAACUUUUAGAUGCACACGGUGAUAAUUGCAACGACAUUGCGAAAAUGAAAGUUCUGCUUCUAGUUUUUAUAACAGGAGUUGGUCUAGUUACUCCAUCAUUUGGUAAGAGGGCUAAUUGUCAGGAUGGAGAAAUUGUCGCAAAUGACAACAACUGUUAUUCCUACUACAUCUGCUGCAAUGGAGAACUAACCGAAAAGUGCUGCGAAGAAGGCUACUACUUUAACAAGCUAACUAAAAAAUGUGAAAAGGAUGUUUCUCACAUAUGUUGGCCUAACUGUAAGGAUGGGGAUGUUUCGGAAAAUGAACACUCAUGUUUCUCCUACUACGUUUGCUGCAAUGGCAAAUUUCAGGAAGAAUUCUGUCAAGAGGCGUACUACUUCAACUUGAUAACAAAAAAAUGUGAGAUAGAUGUAGAUAAUGUCUGUAGGCCCCGUUGUCAAGACGGAGAAGUGACGUCAAAAGAAAAUUGCUGCUAUUCUUAUCUGGAAUGUGACAAAGGAGUUUGGAAGGAAGAACUCUGCAACAAAGGCCACUACUUUAACUCAAAUACCAAGAAAUGUGAAAAAGAUGUGAACAAUAUCUGCUGGCCCAAGUGUAAUGAAGGCGAAAUUACGGCAAAUGGAAACGUCUGUUACUCUUACCAUGUCUGCCAUAAUGGCGAACUAGAAGAAAAAUUCUGCGAAAAGAACUAUUACUUCAACUCCCAAACCAAAAAAUGCGAGAAGGAUGUCUCACACACAUGCUGGCCUGCAGAAGAAUGUCAAGAAGGAGAUGUUGCAGCAACCCUUUCUUGUUCUUCAUACCGUCAAUGUCAGAGUGGAUCCUGGAAAGAAGAGUUCUGCAAUAAAGGAUACUACUUUAACUCAAAAACCAAGAAAUGUGAAAAAGAUGUGAACAAUAUCUGCUGGCCCAAGUGUAAUGAAGGCGAAAUUACGGCAAAUGGAAACGUCUGUUACUCUUACCAUGUCUGCCAUAAUGGCGAAUUACAAGAAAACUUCUGCGAAAAGGACUAUUACUUCAACUCUCAAACCAAGAAAUGCGAGAAGGAUGUCUCACACACAUGCUGGCCUGCAGAAGAAUGUCAAGAAGGAGAUGUUACAGCAACCCUAUCUUGUUUUUCAUACCGUCAAUGUCAGAGUGGAUCCUGGAAAGAAGAAUUCUGCAACAAAGGAUACUACUUUAACUCAAAUACCAAGAAAUGUGAAAAAGAUGUGAACAAUAUCUGCUGGCCCAAGUGUAAUGAAGGCGAAAUUACGGCAAAUGGAAACGUCUGUUACUCUUACCAUGUCUGCCUUAAUGGCGAACUAGAAGAAAAAUUCUGCGAAAAGGACUAUUACUUCAACUCUCAGACCAAGAAAUGCGAGAAGGAUGUCUCACACUCAUGCUGGCCUGCAGAAGAAUGUCAAGAAGGAGAAGUUACAGCAACCCUUUCUUGUUCUUCAUACCGUCAAUGUCAGAGUGGAUCCUGGAAAGAAGAGUUCUGCAAUAAAGGAUACUACUUUAACUCAAAUACCAAGAAAUGUGAAAAAGAUGUGAACAAUAUCUGCUGGCCAAAGUGUAAUGAAGGCGAAAUUACGGCAAAUGGAAACGUCUGUUACUCUUACCAUGUCUGCCAUAAUGGCGAACUAGAAGAAAAAUUCUGCGAAAAGAACUAUUACUUCAACUCCCAAACCAAAAAAUGCGAGAAGGAUGUCUCACACACAUGCUGGCCUGCAGAAGAAUGUCAAGAAGGAGAUGUUACAGCAACACUUUCUUGUUCUUCAUACCUUCAAUGUCAGAGUGGAUCCUGGAAAGAAGAGUUCUGCAACAAAGGAUACUACUUUAACUCAAAUACCAAGAAAUGCGAAAGUGAUGUGGACAAUAUCUGCUGGCCUAAGUGUAAUGAAGGUGAAGUUACGGCAAAUGGAAACGUCUGUUACUCUUACCAUGUCUGCCUUAAUGGCGAACUAGAAGAAAAAUUCUGCGAAAAGAACUAUUACUUCAACUCCCAAACCAAAAAAUGCGAGAAGGAUGUCUCACACACAUGCUGGCCUGCAGAAGAAUGUCAAGAAGGAGAAGUUACAGCAACCCUUUCUUGUUCUUCAUACCGUCAAUGUCAGAGUGGAUCCUGGAAAGAAGAGUUCUGCAAUAAAGGAUACUACUUUAACUCAAAUACCAAGAAAUGUGAAAAAGAUGUGAACAAUAUCUGCUGGCCAAAGUGUAAUGAAGGCGAAAUUACGGCAAAUGGAAACGUCUGUUACUCUUACCAUGUCUGCCAUAAUGGCGAACUACAAGAAAAAUUCUGCGAAAAGAACUAUUACUUCAACUCUCAGACCAAGAAAUGCGAGAAGGAUGUCUCACACUCAUGCUGGCCUGCAGAAGAAUGUCAAGAGGGAGAUGUUACAGCAACACUUUCUUGUUCUUCAUAUCGUCACUGUCAGAGUGGAUCCUGGAAAGAAGAAUUCUGCAACAAAGGAUACUACUUUAACUCAAAUACCAAGAAAUGUGAAAAAGAUGUGAACAAUAUCUGCUGGCCUAAGUGUAAUGAAGGCGAAAUUACGGCAAAUGGAAACGUCUGUUACUCUUACCAUGUCUGCAAUAAUGGCGAACUAGAAGAAAAAUUCUGCGAAAAGGACUAUUACUUCAACUCUCAGACCAAGAAAUGCGAGAAGGAUGUCUCACACUCAUGCUGGCCUGCAGAAGAAUGUCAAGAAGGAGAAGUUACAGCAACCCUUUCUUGUUCUUCAUAUCGUCACUGUCAGAGUGGAUCCUGGAAAGAAGAAUUCUGCAACAAAGGAUACUACUUUAACUCAAAUACCAAGAAAUGUGAAAAAGAUGUGAACAAUAUCUGCUGGCCUAAGUGUAAUGAAGGCGAAAUUACCGCAAAUGGAAACGUCUGUUACUCUUACCAUGUCUGCCAUAAUGGCGAACUAGAAGAAAAAUUCUGCGAAAAGGACUAUUACUUCAACUCUCAGACCAAGAAAUGCGAGAAGGAUGUCUCACACUCAUGCUGGCCUGCAGAAGAAUGUCAAGAAGGAGAUGUUACAGCAACCCUUUCUUGUUCUUCAUACCUUCAAUGUAAGAGUGGAUCCUGGAAAGAAGAGUUCUGCAACAAAGGAUACUAUUUUAACUCAAAUACAAAGAAAUGCGAAAGUGAUGUGGACAAUAUCUGCUGGCCCAAGUGUAAUGAAGGCGAAAUUACCGCAAAUGGAAACGUCUGUUACUCUUACCAUGUCUGCCAUAAUGGCGAACUAGAAGAAAAAUUCUGCGAAAAGGACUAUUACUUCAACUCUCAGACCAAGAAAUGCGAGAAGGAUGUUUCACACACAUGCUGGCCUGCAGAAGAAUGUCAGGAAGGAGAUGUUACAGCAACACUUUCUUGUUCUUCAUACCUUCAAUGUAAGAGUGGAUCCUGGAAAGAAGAGUUCUGCAACAAAGGAUACUACUUUAACUCAAAUACCAAGAAAUGUGAAAAAGAUGUGAACAAUAUCUGCUGGCCAAAGUGUAAUGAAGGCGAAAUUACGGUAAAUGGAAACGUCUGUUACUCUUACCAUGUCUGCCAUAAUGGCGAACUAGAAGAAAAAUUCUGCGAAAAGAACUAUUACUUCAACUCCCAAACCAAAAAAUGCGAGAAGGAUGUCUCACACACAUGCUGGCCUGCAGAAGAAUGUCAAGACGGAGAUGUUACAGCAACCCUUUCUUGUUCUUCAUACCGUCAAUGUCAGAGUGGAUCCUGGAAAGAAGAGUUCUGCAAUAAAGGAUACUACUUUAACUCAAAUACCAAGAAAUGUGAAAAAGAUGUAAACAAUAUCUGCUGGCCAAAGUGUAAUGAAGGCGAAAUUACGGCAAAUGGAAACGUCUGUUACUCUUACCAUGUCUGCCAUAAUGGCGAACUACAAGAAAACUUCUGCGAAAAGAACUAUUACUUCAACUCUCAAACUAAAAAAUGCGAGAAGGAUGUCUCACACACAUGCUGGCCUGCAGAAGAAUGUCAAGAAGGAGAUGUUACAGCAACACUUUCUUGUUCUUCAUACCGUCAAUGUCAGAGUGGAUCCUGGAAAGAAGAAUUCUGCAACAAAGGAUACUACUUUAACUCAAAUACCAAGAAAUGUGAAAAAGAUGUGAACAAUAUCUGCUGGCCCAAGUGUAAUGAAGGCGAAAUUACGGCAAAUGGAAACGUCUGCUACUCUUACCAUGUCUGCCAUAAUGGCGAACUAGAAGAAAAAUUCUGCGAAAAGGCCUAUUACUUCAACUCUCAGACCAAGAAAUGCGAGAAGGAUGUCUCACACUCAUGCUGGCCUGCAGAAGAAUGUCAAGAGGGAGAUGUUACAGCAACACUUUCUUGUUCUUCAUAUCGUCACUGUCAGAGUGGAUCCUGGAAAGAAGAAUUUUGCAACAAAGGAUACUACUUUAACUCAAAUACCAAGAAAUGUGAAAAAGAUGUGAACAAUAUCUGCUGGCCUAAGUGUAAUGAAGGCGAAAUUACCGCAAAUGGAAACGUCUGUUACUCUUACCAUGUCUGCCAUAAUGGCGAACUAGAAGAAAAAUUCUGCGAAAAGGACUAUUACUUCAACUCUCAGACCAAGAAAUGCGAGAAGGAUGUCUCACACUCAUGCUGGCCUGCAGAAGAAUGUCAAGAAGGAGAAGUUACAGCAACCCUUUCUUGUUCUUCAUAUCGUCACUGUCAGAGUGGAUCCUGGAAAGAAGAAUUCUGCAACAAAGGAUACUACUUUAACUCAAAUACCAAGAAAUGUGAAAAAGAUGUGAACAAUAUCUGCUGGCCUAAGUGUAAUGAAGGCGAAAUUACCGCAAAUGGAAACGUCUGUUACUCUUACCAUGUCUGCCAUAAUGGCGAACUAGAAGAAAAAUUCUGCGAAAAGGACUAUUACUUCAACUCUCAGACCAAGAAAUGCGAGAAGGAUGUCUCACACUCAUGCUGGCCUGCAGAAGAAUGUCAAGAAGGAGAAGUUACAGCAACCCUUUCUUGUUAUUCAUAUCGUCACUGUCAGAGUGGAUCCUGGAAAGAAGAAUUCUGCAACAAAGGAUACUACUUUAACUCAAAUACCAAGAAAUGUGAAAAAGAUGUGAACAAUAUCUGCUGGCCUAAGUGUAAUGAAGGCGAAAUUACCGCAAAUGGAAACGUCUGUUACUCUUACCAUGUCUGCCAUAAUGGCGAACUAGAAGAAAAAUUCUGCGAAAAGGACUAUUACUUCAACUCUCAGACCAAGAAAUGCGAGAAGGAUGUCUCACACUCAUGCUGGCCUGCAGAAGAAUGUCAAGAAGGAGAUGUUACAGCAACCCUUUCUUGUUCUUCAUACCUUCAAUGUAAGAGUGGAUCCUGGAAAGAAGAGUUCUGCAACAAAGGAUACUAUUUUAACUCAAAUACAAAGAAAUGCGAAAGUGAUGUGGACAAUAUCUGCUGGCCCAAGUGUAAUGAAGGCGAAAUUACCGCAAAUGGAAACGUCUGUUACUCUUACCAUGUCUGCCAUAAUGGCGAACUAGAAGAAAAAUUCUGCGAAAAGGACUAUUACUUCAACUCUCAGACCAAGAAAUGCGAGAAGGAUGUUUCACACACAUGCUGGCCUGCAGAAGAAUGUCAGGAAGGAGAUGUUACAGCAACACUUUCUUGUUCUUCAUACCUUCAAUGUAAGAGUGGAUCCUGGAAAGAAGAGUUCUGCAACAAAGGAUACUACUUUAACUCAAAUACCAAGAAAUGUGAAAAAGAUGUGAACAAUAUCUGCUGGCCAAAGUGUAAUGAAGGCGAAAUUACGGUAAAUGGAAACGUCUGUUACUCUUACCAUGUCUGCCAUAAUGGCGAACUAGAAGAAAAAUUCUGCGAAAAGAACUAUUACUUCAACUCCCAAACCAAAAAAUGCGAGAAGGAUGUCUCACACACAUGCUGGCCUGCAGAAGAAUGUCAAGACGGAGAUGUUACAGCAACCCUUUCUUGUUCUUCAUACCGUCAAUGUCAGAGUGGAUCCUGGAAAGAAGAGUUCUGCAAUAAAGGAUACUACUUUAACUCAAAUACCAAGAAAUGUGAAAAAGAUGUAAACAAUGUCUGCUGGCCAAAGUGUAAUGAAGGCGAAAUUACGGCAAAUGGAAACGUCUGUUACUCUUACCAUGUCUGCCAUAAUGGCGAACUACAAGAAAACUUCUGCGAAAAGAACUAUUACUUCAACUCUCAAACUAAAAAAUGCGAGAAGGAUGUCUCACACACAUGCUGGCCUGCAGAAGAAUGUCAAGAAGGAGAUGUUACAGCAACACUUUCUUGUUCUUCAUACCGUCAAUGUCAGAGUGGAUCCUGGAAAGAAGAAUUCUGCAACAAAGGAUACUACUUUAACUCAAAUACCAAGAAAUGUGAAAAAGAUGUGAACAAUAUCUGCUGGCCCAAGUGUAAUGAAGGCGAAAUUACGGCAAAUGGAAACGUCUGUUACUCUUACCAUGUCUGCCAUAAUGGCGAACUAGAAGAAAAAUUCUGCGAAAAGAACUAUUACUUCAACUCCCAAACCAAAAAAUGCGAGAAGGAUGUCUCACACACAUGCUGGCCUGCAGAAGAAUGUCAAGAAGGAGAUGUUACAGCAACCCUUUCUUGUUCUUCAUACCGUCAAUGUCAGAGUGGAUCCUGGAAAGAAGAAUUCUGCAACAAAGGAUACUACUUUAACUCAAAUACCAAGAAAUGUGAAAAAGAUGUGAACAACAUCUGCUGGCCCAAGUGUAAUGAAGGCGAAAUUACGGCAAAUGGAAACGUCUGUUACUCUUUCCAUGUCUGUCUUAAUGGCGAACUACAAGAAAACUUCUGCGAAAAGGACUAUUACUUCAACUCUCAGACCAAGAAAUGCGAGAAGGAUGUCUCACACACAUGCUGGCCUGCAGAAGAAUGUCAAGAAGGAGAUGUUACAGCAACCCUUUCUUGUUCUUCAUAUCGUCAGUGUCAGAGUGGAUCCUGGAAAGAAGAAUUCUGCAACAAAGGAUACUACUUUAACUCAAAUAACAAGAAAUGUGAAAAAGAUGUGAACAAUAUCUGCUGGCCCAAGUGUAAUGAAGGCGAAAUUACCGCAAACGGAAACGUCUGCUACUCUUACCAUGUCUGCCAUAAUGGCGAACUACAAGAAAACUUCUGCGAAAAGGACUAUUACUUCAACUCGCAAACCAAAAAAUGCGAGGAGGAUGUUUCACACACAUGCUGGCCUGCAGAAGAAUGUCAAGAAGGAGAUGUUACAGCAACACUUUCUUGUUCUUCAUACCGUCAAUGUCAGAGUGGAUCCUGGAAAGAAGAAUUCUGCAACAAAGGAUACUACUUUAACUCAAAUACCAAGAAAUGUGAAAAAGAUGUGAACAAUAUCUGCUGGCCCAAGUGUAAUGAAGGCGAAAUUACGGCAAAUGGAAACGUCUGUUACUCUUACCAUGUCUGCCACAAUGGCGAACUAGAAGAAGAAUUCUGCGAAAAGGACUACUACUUUAACAGUCAAACCAAAAAAUGUGAAAAGGAUGCUUCACACACAUGUUGGCCAGUUCGAGUAUGUGAAGAAGGGGAAAUUACGGCUAGCAAUUCAUGUUCUUCCUACCUUCAUUGCCUAAAUGGAGCAUGGAAUGAAAAAUUUUGCAACGAAGGAUACUACUUUAAUUCUAAAACCAUGAACUGCGAAAGAGAUGUGCACAAUAUUUGCUCGUCCGGGUGUAAAGAUGGUGAAAUCACAGCAAACGACAAAACUUGUUAUGCCUACUACGUCUGCUAUAAUAGCGAACUAAAAGAAGAAUUCUGCGAAAAAGGCUACUACUUUAACAGCCAAACCAAGAAAUGCGAAAAAGAUGUUUUACACACAUGUUGGCCUGUGUGCGAGGAAGGGGAAGUUUCGGCAGGCAAUUCCUGUUUUUCGUACCUUCAAUGUAAUAAUGGAUCAUGGAACGAAGAAAGCUGCAAUGUAGGUUACUACUUCAAUGCUAACACUAAGCAAUGUGAAAAAGACGUGGACAAUAUUUGCUUGCCCAAGUGUAAAGAUGGCGAAAUCGUAUCAAAUGACAAAAUCUGUUAUGCCUACUACGUCUGUUAUAAUGGCGAACUUAAAGAAGAAUUUUGCGAAAAAGACUACUACUUUAACAUACAAACCAAUAAAUGCGAGAAGGAUGUUUCACACACAUGUUGGCCUGUACAAGAAUGUGAGGAUGGAGACAUCUCAGCAAGCAAUUCCUGUGCUUCUUACCUUCAGUGUAAACAUGGAUUUUGGAAUGAAGAAUUUUGCGCCGAAGGGUACUACUUUAAUGCUGGCACUAAGCAAUGUGAAAAGGAUGUGAGCAAUAUUUGCCGCCCACAGUGUAAGGAAGGCGAAAUCACAGCAAACGAUAAUAUCUGCUAUGCCUACUAUGUCUGCUCCAAUGGCGAACUUAAAGAAGAAUUCUGCGAAAAAGAUUACUACUUCAACAGUCAAACCAGAAAAUGUGAGAAGGAUGUUUCACACAUAUGUUGGCCUACACACGCAUGUGAGGAUGGAGAAAUUUCAGCAAGCAAUUCCUGUGAUUCUUACCUUAAAUGUAAUAAUGGAUCAUGGGAGGAAAAAAGCUGCAAUGUAGGAUACUACUUCAACGCUGACACCAUGCAAUGUGAAAAAGAUGUAAACAAUAUUUGCCGACCAAAGUGUAAGGACGGCGAAAUCACAGCAAAUGACAAAACUUGCUAUUCUUACUACGUCUGCUGUAGCGGCGAACUAAAAGAAAAAUUCUGCGAAAAUGGCUACUACUUUAACAUUUACACAAAGAAAUGUGAAAAAGAUGUUGACAAUACAUGUCAUCCAAGGUGCAAAGAUGGUGAAAUAACAGCAAAUGACAACAAUUGUUAUUCAUACUACGUAUGUUGCAAUGGGCAAAUGAAAGAAAAGUGCUGCGAAAAAGGCUAUUACUUUGACCAACAAACCAAGAAAUGCGAGGAGGAUGUUUCUCACACUUGCUGGCCAUCAUGCCAGAAUGGACAACUUUCACUUGGCGACACCUGUGCUUCGUAUCUUAAAUGCGACAAUGGUAACUGGAAUGAGUACCACUGUUCUGAAGGCUAUUACUUUAAAUUGCAGUCUAGGAAGUGUGAAACGGAUACGGAAGGCAUAUGUUGGCAAACCGAAAAUGAUUCAAUUUGUCGCGACAAGCUAAAUGGUAAACCUCUUCCUGGAAGUAAUUGUCAACAAUUUGUAGUUUGUACUGGAGGAACACCCAAUACUUUUAAUUGCCCCAAUGGAUUGCAUUUCAACGCAAAGACAGGUGUUUGCGACUUUCCCGAAAAAGCUAAGUGCGAUGUGAACUACAAUUCUGCUUUAGCUACUCUACGAUUUUAAUUCGAGAUAAAUGUACGCGUUGGCGCAGAAAUCUUUGGAUCUUAAUAAUCGUAUAUAGCAUAUAAAAUAUACAUAAACAUUAUAUAGAGCAAAAAAAUAUAUAUAAGAAAUAUAUCCCAUUUAGAGUCAUGAUCAUAUACGAUACAAUGAAUUGAAUAAAGUAAAAUUUUCUCCAGGA